GUGUGUGGCAGUGUGUGUGUGUGUGGCAGUGUGAACUUAAUAAUUUUGUCUCUGACAGUUUGGGGGGAAAAAAGUAAUAAAUACAUCAGAUCAGGCUGUGUGUGUGUGUGUGUGUGUGUGCGUGCGUGAGCUGUUGCUAUAGAAACACUAUGGAAAGGAGCAGGGAAUCGGUGCUCUCUGAUUGGAUAAACAAGCUCAUAAAUAUUCUGUAAUUUGUGGUGUAUAGCACUGACUGCGUUCCACUCGUGUGUGUGUGUAGAUGUUGGAGGACUGCUGUUUGGAGCCCUCGGCGGGGAUGAUGAUGCCCGGGUGUCGUCUCAGCGUCUCUCCCGAACUCGGGAACGACAAUCAGUUUUGGAACAUCACGGCCGACGGCCUCAUACACGCCAACCUCAAACCCGACCUGGUGCUGGAGGUUAAAGGUGGACAGCAGUACGACAAAAACCAGGUGAUCCUGAACUCGGUCGACGUGCAGAAAACCAACCAGAGGUGGACGGUGGAAAUCCUGUAGCGCCGGACGUCUAGCGGGGUGCUGUGCAACGACUUCUCGUCUCACAGUGGGCCUGGUGGUGCAGCUCCACCACGGAGACCUGUGAGCCUCAUGGUGCAGCUGCGACCAGAACACUCCUGCGAGCUCGUCCCUGGAGCCAGGACGUGUCCCGUCUUUCUCGGAUCCCUGAAGAACAUUCUCGCUUUUAAAAUGCGUCCCGGGUGUAAUGUCACAGGAUGGCCACAGGGGGGCGCUCGAACACCACGGAGCUCAACUACAAGCAAUAUGCGACAGUGUUAAAGUUAAACUGAAACUGCAUCACCUUUAAAGUGCCUGACUUUUGGUUUUAUUUUUAAUUUCCUCUGCUCUCCUUCUCCUCCUCCUCUCGCUCGGUGUUUCGUCUGUUGUACAUUUUCUUUUCAAAGCUGUAAAGAGUUCUGCUGUUUUAUUAAGAAUAAAGUGUUUUAUCCGUG